CGAGUUCACUCGGUACUAUUCCAGUUCAGCUCACCGCAUUUUCUCUCACACCUUGUGGUAUCCACACUCUCUUCUCCCCCCAAAAUCAUUACAUUUCGGAGCAAUUCUGGAACGGAGUACUAGAGGAAGAAGAUGGGUUCGCUUGGGAGAGCAAUCUACACCGUCGGAUUCUGGAUCCGCGAAACGGGUCAAGCCCUCGAUCGCCUGGGCUGCCGCCUCCAGGGCAACUACUACUUCCAUGAACAACUGUCUAGGCAUAGAACUCUUAUGAACUUGUUUGACAAAGCUCCUGCUGUUCAUAGAGAAGCAUUUGUUGCCCCAAGUGCUUCUAUCAUUGGGGAUGUUCAAGUUGGGCGCAAUUCCUCUAUCUGGUAUGGAUGUGUUCUGCGAGGUGAUGUGAACAGUAUAAGUAUAGGAGCAGGAACCAAUAUCCAGGACAAUUCUCUUGUUCAUGUAGCCAAAUCCAAUCUUGCUGGAAAGGUUUUGUCAACGGUCAUUGGCAACAAUGUUACUGUUGGUCAUAGUGCGGUCCUGCAUGGGUGUACUGUUGAAGACGAGGCGUUUGUUGGUAUGGGUGCAACAUUGCUUGACGGGGUGGUUGUUGAGAAAAAUGCCAUGGUUGCUGCUGGUGCCCUUGUGAGACAGAAUACACGCAUUCCAUGUGGAGAGGUCUGGGGUGGAAAUCCAGCAAAGUUCCUAAGGAAGCUCACAGAGGAAGAAAUAGCCUUCAUCUCCCAGUCGGCCGCCAAUUACUCCAAUUUAGCACAGGUUCAUGCCACUGAAAAUGCAAAGAGCUUUGACGAGAUCGAAUUUGAGAAGGUACUCCGGAAGAAAUUUGCUCGUAAGGAUGAAGAUUACGACUCGAUGCUGGGCGUGGUUCGUGAAACACCCCAAGAGCUCAUCCUGCCAGAUAAUAUUCUACCCGAUAAGGCACCAAAGGCUACUUAAGUUUGAGUUAGUUUCAGGUUGAGUAGCUCCCGCCUCCCGGAUUUUGAGGUUUAACAAAGGAAAUGAAAUGCCUUUGUUUCAUAUCCAAUAAUUUUUGGGACAGACAGUUGUCAAAGAUUGAUCCCAGUAUGCAGGUUUUGCAUGUCUUGUGUUGUACUCCUCUGCUUAACCACAGACGCCAUUUUUUGUUUUAUUCUUUUUUUAAGCGCCACAAUGUAAACAGGCUUCGAGUGUUAUGCUUUCAAAAUAAGAACAGGCACAACAUUCUUCUCUUAUUCUUA